CAAGCCCAGGAGAUGGUCAAGGAGGAGCACAGGAUGGCUGGCCUGGGGGCGCCCCACAGCACUGCACCCGUGUCGUCCACUGUCAUCACCAUCCCCAGGGACACCGCUGUGCCCGACCACGUCGUCUGGUCCCUCUUCAACACCCUCUUCAUGAACUGCUGCUGCCUGGGCUUCGUGGCAUUCGCUUACUCUGUGAAGUCCAGGGACAGGAAGAUGGUGGGCGACGUGAUAGGAGCCCAGAGCUACGCGUCCACUGCCAAGUGCCUGAACAUCUUCGCUCUGGUCCUCAGCCUCCUGGUGACCGUCCUGUUCAUCAUUCUUAUUGCCACGGGCACAGUGAUGAGCUUACAAGCCGCUGCAGAGAUGAUUAAGAACCAUCCAGGCUACUAG